CGAGCAAAAGUCCCAGUUUUUUACAUUUUUUACAGUUCGAAUUUUUCACUCCUUUUUCUUUUUUCUUUCUGUUUUCGAUUUUCAAUCCACUCAUCGUGUUCUUUGAACCCCGUUUCUUCAAUCAUCCAUACACACACACACAAACAACAAAUGCAAGGCACUGGUUACGGUUACCCUCCGGCAGUCGACCCGCUGUUUGGCUACUUUUCGGCGGUCGCUGGUCGUGACGGCCAGAUUUCUCCCGAGGAGCUCCAGCGAUGCCUCCAGGGCGCUGGCUACGGCAACGGCUGGGAAACAUUCAGCCUCGAGACUUGCCGCCUCAUGAUCGGAAUGCUCGACCGCGACGGCAACUUCCAGAUGGGCUUUGAGGAAUUCAAGGAGCUCUGGAACUCGCUCAACCAGUGGAAGCACACUUAUUACACUGUUGAUCGCGACCGCAGCGGCACUGUGAACGAGCAGGAGCUGCACCAGGCCAUUCGCACUUACGGCUACAACCUCAGCCCCGAGGCAUUCCGCGUCGUCUUCAAGCGCUAUGCUCGCCGCGAACAGACCAUCAUCACCUUCGAUGACUUUAUUGCCGUCUCGGUUCGCCUGCGAUGCCUGUCGGAGAACUUCCGCCGCCGUGACACUCACCAGAACGGCACUGCCAUGUUGUCCUAUGACGAGUUCAUCCGUUUCUCGUUCGUCGUCUAAGAGCACGUGCAGGCUAGUUUUUUGUCGCAUGCAAGCUGAAAUGAAAUGUUUUGCGGGGGUUUUUUUGCUGGCGUGCAUCAUCUUCGCAUGACUUUUGGAUGUCACACAACACCAACAACAAUUUUUGCACCAAAACUCGUGUAUUCGCCC